UUCAGUCACACUAAACUCGCUAAGCUGCCCAGAAAUAUUUUAAUUAUCAUCAUAGUUAAAUUAAUAGUUUUAAUAAACUAAAGCAAGUGCCUCUAUGCAUAGUGAACAGUGAACGUAAUACGCGGGGGCAGACACCGGGCCCAUGGCAGGUGGCGUCAAAAUGCUCAGCGCGAAACGCUGGAGACGCCAUUACGCGAAAGUAGAGCAACUGUAACUGUAGCUGUAACUGUAACCCUUGGCAGGGAGCGCGGGGCUGGGGGACAGUGGCGGAGAAGCGUGAAGCUCAUCUUGAUUCGCUCGGGGAUUUCCUGCAGAUGGAGCCGCCAGCAGCGCCAGUGGCCUUGACGCCUCUUGCAGCGUCAUCGUCAUGUCGCCUGUCGGACAGAGCAGGACCAGCAGCGGAUUCCAUUGCCCUUACUUUGGGAGCUGAAGAAGAGGAAGAUGAAGAGGAGGAGGAAGAAGAAGAAGAAGAUGACGACGAGGAAGACGCGAAGGAAGCCUUCUACGAGGCGCGCAAUGGCAACGAAAGCGACGAACUGGAGCAGGCCUUCCAGAGUGCCUUAACUCUGGCCAAUGAUGUCCAGGUGAGUGUUAGCGAGGUGGAGGAGCAGCAGCCACUAGAAAUGCAUCAGGAGGCGGAAGUGCAGGAACAGCCGGGAACAAGCACCUUCACCCAACUAAGUGAUCAAUCUUCCAAAGAUGAAAAACCCCUUGAAUCCCAGAAGGAGACCAAGGAACCCAAGGAGCCUCGCCACCAGACCCUGCUCUCAACAAAGUCUUGUGAGACGCCGGCCAACAGCUCCACGCUUUCGCCCACCAACUCAUACAAUGGCAGCAUUGGGAGUGAUGGUGGCAGUAGCGUAGGUGGUGGUGCCCGUCGCAAGUCCUGGACCCUGUCCCCCCAGAGUGGCGGCUCCACACCACUUAGUGGAGCCAGAAAGAAGACCAAAGCGGCGGCUGCAGUGGCAGGAGCGGCGGGAGCAGUGCCUUCAACGCUGUCCAACGCCAACGGUGACGGCUUCAAUCUUUGGGUAGCCCGCGAAUGCUUCGAGACAGUGCCCGCUGAGAUGGUGGACACACUUAGCAUGGCCGAAGUGGACGAAGAAGCGGAGGCAGAGGAGGAGGAUGAAGAUGAGGAGGCGGCAGCCGUGGAAAGUCUAUUGGGAGCCGCUGCUGCCCUCCAGGCCAGUGCCCAUGUACAGCGACGCCAGCAACAGCAGCAACAACAUUCCCAGCACCAUCAUCAUCAUCUCCGUCAGCCGUCGCCGCCUCAUCAUCGUCCACUGGAACGCUCCUGGCCGCCGCGUGCUCUUGGCCGUGAUCUAAAGCUGCAGGGCGACGUCUUUCAAUUCGACAUCCUAGACACGGACGAGCGACUGGCCCAGUGCGAGGAGAUGGCCCAGGGAAGCGGCAGUACCAACAGCUCUCCAUUGGCCACGCCACCCGUUCGCUUUAAGCCGCUGCUGAAGAAGAAGAUUGGCCCGGAUAGCUACAUUAACACGAUCAGCGCGCAAAAGGUGCCAGCACACCAGAACUAUGAGUUCCCCAGCUUCCCCAGCUCCUCGGGGGUUGGAUCCGGUUCAUCCUCGUCGCCGAACAGCCUCCAGUUCCCGUAUCUGCGCCAGCACCGUCCGCUCACCCGUGCUUUGUCCAAUGGCAAGGCUAGUUCAUCUGAAGAGCAAGCCUCCCCGCGUCUCCUGCUCUCGCCAAAGCGCCAAAGAAGCCCUCCCUCUGGCUGUUCCACACGUAGUGCCUCACCCCUAGACCUCAGCGUGAGUCCAGAGCAGCAUUCACCAACCAGGGGCCGCGGCGUGGGAGGAGCAGUUCUGGAACAGGCGGUUGCGCCUGGAACACCCACAUUCCACGGCCAUCGUCCGCAGCAGCGACUGCUCAAGCGUGUGGGCGGUGGAGCCGGAGCAGGUACCACAGGAGGACCUGCUGGAUCGCCUUUAAUAUGUCCGCCCACGCCCACUCACCACGCCCGGCGACAUGCCCGCCUUCAAGCCGUCACUGCCAACUCCAGCCUCUCCAGCUCUGGCGGAAUCCUAGCGGAUCCAAGCGGCACCAACUCUAGUCAAUUGGAUUAUAUCUACCUGCAGGAUGGUGGCCAGGAAACGAGUACAGCGGAACCCUCCGACGAAGUGGUGCAUAUCAGUAGCACGCGCCUGCCUUCUAUUCCGGAACGAAGUGCAGCCGCAGCUGCGGCGGCGGCCGCAUCAGCAGCAGCCACUGCAGGAGGAGCAGCUCUAAUGGAACCCGGAGCGGGACAGAUGACAGGAACCAGCACUGGUGCUGGAGCACCGGGAGAGCCACCACUACCGCCCGCUUGGGAGGCCCGCAUGGAUAGUCAUGGGCGCAUCUUUUAUAUUGAUCACACGACGCGAACAACCUCCUGGCAGCGACCAGGUGCGGCACCCAGCGCGGGACCCGCCGGCCGUGAGCAGCACCACCGCCAGCAGCUGGACAGGCGGUACCAGAGCAUCCGGCGAACCAUUACGAAUGAGAGCAGGGCGGCUCAGCUGUACAAUCUGCCGUCUUCGGAGAAUGCCAUUACCACUGCCACUGGUAAUGCUGCCGGAGCAGCUCCAGCUGCACCUCCUGUCGCCGCCUCGGCCAUCCAUCCUGCCAUUCUGAUGCUCUGCCGCUCCGACUUCUACUCGCUGCUGCAUACCAAUGAAGCGGCGCUUGCUAUCUACAACAGGAAUGCGGCGCUAAAGCACAUGGUAAUGCGGAUAAGACGAGAUCCCCAGUGCUUUCAACGAUAUCAGUACAACAAGGAUCUGGUGGCGUUGGUCAAUACCUUUGCCCAGCUGGGCAGGGAGCUGCCUUCCUGCUGGGAAACGAAGCUGGAUCAGUCGGGCAAGCAGUUCUUCAUUGACCAUCAGCAUCGACGCACCUCGUUUAUGGAUCCUCGCCUGCCGGUGGAGUGUCCCCGGGUGGUUCGCCAUCGUCAGCAGCAUCCGCCGCCGCAGCAGCAGCAGCAGCAGCAGCAACAGCAAGGCGUUGUAGGUGGCUACUAUUACCCGGACCUGGUGGACGGCAAUUGCCUGUCGGCUACUAGUGGUCAUAUCAGUGCCAGUCCAGGAGUAUCCUCGUCGGUAUCCGGAGUACCUCCUUUGCCACCGCCCCGACCUUCGAUAGCCUCGUCCUCGAGAAGUAGCCAUCAUGGACAUGGUCACAACUGCACCACAGCAGCGGCCAUUGCUUGUGCGCUUAGCCAGGGCGGAGCAGCAGCGGGCGGAACAACUGCCGGAAUGCCAGGAGCCACUGCAGCCGGUUACGAAGAUGUGCCCAUUGCCUACAACGAAAAGGUCAUUGCCUUUCUGCGCCAGCCCAACAUCCUGGAGAUCCUGCGGGAGCGUCAGGGCCAGCACACUGUGUCCCGUUCUCUGCGCGAGAAAAUCAAUAUACUGCGAGUGGAGGGAGUUCCUGCUCUCGAGCGCUUGGGCCAUGACCUACAAUUGACCAUUUUGCUGAGCCUGUUCGAGCAGGAGAUCAUGAGCUAUGUUCCUAUUGAAGAGCGCAGUCCACAGGGCUCGCCGGUUCUUAGUUCCCGGAUGCCACAGCGGGCCCCACCGCCAUUCCGUCGUGAUUUUGAGGCCAAGCUGCGCAGUUUCUACCGCAAACUGGAGUCCAAGGGGUACGGUCAGGGACCCCACAAGCUCAAGUUGCACAUCCGGCGCAGCCAUUUGCUGGAGGACGCCUUCCGUCGUAUAAUGUCUGCCAAUAAGAAGGAUUUGCAACGCGGUCGCCUCGCCGUCCUUUGGGACACGGAGGAGGGGCUAGACUAUGGCGGACCCUCCCGCGAGUUCUUCUUCCUGCUCUCCCGCGAGCUGUUCAAUCCGUAUUACGGACUCUUCGAGUACUCCGCCAACGAUACGUACACGGUGCAAGUGUCACCGCUGUCGGCAUUUGUUGACAACUGCCACGACUGGUUCCGCUUCAGCGGACGAGUACUGGGCUUGGCCCUGGUCCAUCAAUACCUCCUCGAUGCCUUUUUCACGCGACCCUUCUAUAAGGCCCUACUGCGUCUGCCCGUAGCGCUGAGCGAUUUGGAGUCACUGGACAACGAGUUCCAUCAGUCUCUGCAAUGGAUACGCGACAAUGACAUCGGCACUGGCGUCGAUCUGGGCCUCACCUUCUGCGUCACCGAGGAGCUCCUGGGACGCGUUGUGGAGCGAGAAUUGAAGCCGGGCGGCAAGAAUAUGAUCGUGAACGAGAAGAACAAAAAGGAGUACUUGGAGCGCAUGAUCAAGUGGCGGCUGGAGCGUGGCGUCCAGGAGCAAACGGAAUCGCUGGUCCGCGGCUUUUACGAGGUGGUCGAUUCCCGCCUGGUCUCCGUCUUCGAUGCCCGCGAACUGGAGCUGGUGAUCGCUGGCACCGCUGAGAUAGAUACCAACGACUGGCGCCUCAAUACGGAGUAUCGUUCGGGCUACCAUGACAAUCACCAGGUGAUUAUCUGGUUCUGGCAAGUGAUCGAGCAACGAUUCAGCAACGAACAACGCCUCCGCCUGCUGCAGUUCGUCACGGGCACAUCCAGCAUUCCCUACGAGGGCUUCUCGGCGCUGCGCGGAUCAACCGGACCGCGUCGCUUCUGCAUCGAAAAGUGGGGCAAACCCAAUGCCCUUCCUCGUGCCCAUACAUGCUUCAAUCGUCUGGAUUUGCCGCCGUAUCCCACGCCGGAGUUGCUCUUCGAGAAGCUGCUGCUGGCCGUCGAGGAGACAAAUACAUUUGGCAUCGAGUAGAGAGGACACACACACACACACACGUGAUAUUUGCUUGCACCUCAGCAGCCUCAUCCAGAAAACGCUUUAUUUCGAUUCGUUUUUGUAGUCGAGAUAGUCGAGAAAUUCCAGAAAAUACCUAUUAAGGUAGUUAAUUAUGUUAAGCAUACAACGCUACUUAGUUUGUAGACACUUUUGCCUUCGCCUUCGUUUGCCGUUCACUUCGAAUGGAAGUUAUACCUCAACAAGAGCAAACCAGUCAUUAGUCCCUAAGAUCUAUAUAAACUUGAAGGAGUCAGUAACUCCUGCUCCCACUUAGAGUCUAAGAAUCCUUAGCUUGACUCCUCUGCAGGCUCAGCUCAACUUCCCAAAGAAAGGAACAGGAUACAUUAAGUUCCAGAUAGGGCUAGAGAGGAAGAGAUUCUAUCGCCAAUACUUAAAUAGCUUGUAAUAUUGUUGUCUUUUAGCCUUAACUCGAAUUCCAAACUCCAAAAUUGAACAUUCCCCUUAGAUAUGUAUGUCUGUAUGCAUUUCAUCUAGAAGCGUAUUGUGAAUGUCAGUUAUUAUAGCAUAUAUAUUAAUAUGUAUACAUUCCUUUGAAGUCUCUCCUUGCCACCCAAAACGUAAAUUGUUUUUAAAUUUACAAACAAGCCCUUAAAAAUAUGUAUAUGUGCCAGGAAUACAGGUUACGACCAAAGGCAAUCAAAACAAUAAGAAGUCUAACGCCAUAAAAAUUCUUUGGAAACAAUUAAUUAAUUCUCUAGUUUACAAAUCCCAAUUAAUUUUCCCUUUUAAAUUUCUAAAUGUAUGCGCGUUUCUCAUAUUAUUUAUUUUAUUGUCUUUGGUACGAGCUCAAUGGGAUCUAUAUACAAUAUUUAUAAUAUACAAAGAAUUGGCUGCUGUUUUUUGCCUACAAUUACUAACAAAUUGGUCCAAUAAUGCGUUGCUUUAGCUUUACAUACAAGUAACGACAACAACAUGGAUGGCAUACAAAAAAAAAACAAAAUUUAAAAGACAAACAAAAAUAUAGCUAAUCAAUUGAAUUAAUUAAAUUUUUUAUGAUUUAGUAUCGAAUCGAAAGAAAUAACGAAAAAGAUUUGGUGAUUUAUUAAAUAAGUUAAUACGAAAGGCAGGCAGAGACAGAGGCAUAGACAACAGCACCGUUGGAGAGAGACAGAGCGAUAGACAUGCCAGAGACGGAGAUGGAUGCCGAGAAAGAGAGAGAAGAAACGCUUUUUGAACUACUUAUGUAUUGAUAAGCUGAAGAUUGUUUUUAAAUAAAUUAUUAAUAAAUGUG